CAGUUGUACAAUCGGUACCACGUGACCGUUUUCCUGGCUCGCGGUUGUGGCACAAAUCGUGAUUUUUUUCGAGGCUCUUUCUCUAUGGACUAUAACGGGGAAAAACGGACAAAGACGCAUAUUUACGAAUCUUAAAAUUGGAUGUGUUAAAUUGUUUUGUUCUGGGGGUUCUUUCGGCAACUGAGGAGCCGCUUUCAUAGGAGCUGCCGUUUAGUUUUUACUACGGGGUUUGUUUACCACAUUUCAACUUGGUUGAGCCGUCGGAGAUGAGUGGUCCCGAGGUAGUGAAGACGCCGGGGGGUGGGGCUCCGGGGAAGGAAGGCAAGGAGCCUGUAGCAAAUGGGCAUCCAGGAGAGGGGGAUCAGGGAGGAGACGAUCCCUUUGCUGAGUACAUGUGGAUGGAGAACGAGGAUGUUUACAACAGACAGGUUGAAGAGGAGUUGUUGGAGCAGGAGUUCUUGGAGCGUUGUUUCCAGGAGAUGUUGGAUGAGGAGGACCAGGAUUGGUUCAUUCCGGCCAGGGACCUCCCCUCGGGGGUGGGUCAGAUCCAGCAGCAGCUUAACGGCCUGUCAGUCAGCGAUGGAGGAAACGCAGAGGAGAUGGCGAGGAAGAGCAACUUGAACCCCGAUGCGAAGGAGUUCAUUCCAGGAGUGAAAUACUAGGAGUCCCCCUCACCCCCAGGGAGCGCCCACGCACACACAAGCACGAUCUCACACACCCUCGCAGAGACUCUGGCGGCCUCGUCCGGAACACACACACACACACACACACCGAACAACACACACAGGUCCAGGGCGUGUAGGUAGAAACCCAUAGGAGGGUGGGGGGGACUUUUAUUUUGAUUUUCUGUUUGUUUGGUGGUUAACUAAGGGACAGGGUGGGGGGUGUCAGUAUGAAUAAAACCCUAUCGAGGGAGCUGCUGCUCCAUGUACACUGUAAAGGUAGUGUCUCAAAUUGCACGCUAUUCCCUAUGUAGUGCACUACUUUUGACCAGGGCCCAUGGGCUUGAGUCCAUAGGGAACAGGGUACCUUUUCGGAUGCACACCGAGACGUACAUAUACAGAGUAACGAGAAACUCUGAGAUUUACCGACCUUUUUCACGGUUGCCAUGUUGGCACCUAAAAACUCCAUGAUAUUGCAACAGGCAAAUCGCAAAUGACACCCCGUUCCACCUUCAUUGUGCACUACCUGGUCCAAAGUAGUGCACUUACAUAGGAAAUAGGGUGCCAUUUUGAGAUCUGCAUUUAUACUUUUCAUGGCUGCCAUGUUUGUGCCGGAAUGUUCCACAACAUUACCAUUCUAAUUGGAAUCCAACUAAGAAUGUUCUUGUUGCUAUAGAAUGACCCGGUGCCAACAUGGAUGACAGACAGUUGUCCGUUCUAGAACUCUGUACAUCUACGUACCUCUGGUUACACUAUGACAUCAUAAUGACUCUGUUCAAUAGGUCGUUAUCAAUAAAAUGUCACAAUACAGUGCAGAGGUUUUGAAUUGCCUGCUGAGGGGGCAAGGAGACUCCUAGCUCCACUUAAACCGUUGACAACUGCGUGCCGUUUUCAAGGGAUUGUCAAACAAAUGUCAACUAUUUGGUUGUAAUAUCAUCUCCUCUUGAAGCCCAGAGUCAAAAAUACAAACGUCAGAUUAUUCCACAUUUGCCUUUAUCAUCAGUUGUAAAUGAACUGCAUACUUUCCGUGAUCAGUAAACAUCAAUCGAUCAUGGAAUUUCAGAUGCGCGACGGUAGCCUCACGAUAUAGCUCAAUAUUGACCACCAUUGAUUGGAUAUUUGAGUGAUAGAAAGGAGAGCUAUUACCUGACCAGUAUGAGUGGUUUAGGUUAAUUUCCCAUCAGUUGUGGGCUCUGCCUGUCAAGCAGCAGAAGGGGGCAUUUGCAGAUGUACUGUUGGUUGAUAAUGUUUACUUUGCUAGCUACUGGUAGAAACGUUGUACAGUAGGCUAACCAUAGUGGUAAGUAGACCUAAUGUACUUUUUUCCCAACCAACAUAGGCCUACCUAGUAACGUUAGCUAACAUUAUCCGCUUUACAACAGUGUUUUAAUCCCUAUUGCUGCUGACAGAUGUGAUAGAGAAUAAAUUGAUGUAACACGUCAAUGUGGCUAGCUAACGGCAGAUUGCCUCAAUGUGGCUAGCUAACGGCAGAUUGCGUCAAUGUGGCUAGCUAACGGCAGAUUGCGUCAAUGUGGCUAGCUAACGGCAGAUUGCGUCAAUGUGGCUAGCUAACGGCAGAUUGCGUCAAUGUGGCUAGCUAACGGCAGAUUGCGUCAAUGUGUCUAGCUAACGGCAGAUUGCCUCAAUGUGGCUAGCUAACGGCAGAUUGCCUCAAUGUGGCUAGCUAACGGCAGAUUGCCUCAAUGUGGCUAGCUAACGGCAGAUUGCCUCAAUGUGGCUAGCUAACGACAGAUUGCCUCAAUGUGGCUAGCUAACUUUCAGUGUAUAAACUAGAUUGCUAUAUCCAGAUAUUGUUUGAUUUGCUUGUCCUCUAGUGGAGGUGACCGUAGUCCAUUUUACCAAGAUGAGGACUUGUCCAUGUGAAGCUCUUUCCACAAGCCUAAUCUCUGAUGAAGCAAGCUAAAUUAUGUUGUCUGGAAAUCUAUUUUGCUACAUGCCAAAUUAAUAGGCUACUCUCACAUAUCUAAAAAAAAAUAAAAAUACAUGAUCAAUUGAUGUUUAUUGACCAUGAAAGCAUGCAGUUUACUUGCUGUAUAUCUCUUGACUGUGCUCUUCAAGAGUUGAUGAAAACAGUUAUUUAGCAAUCCCUAAAAAUGGCACAUAGUUGUCAAUGGUUUUAGCGGAGCUAGAGGUCUCCUUGCCCCCCUAGCAGCCAACUCGAACACUCUGCACUGUAUUGUGACGUUUUUAUUGAUAACCACCUACAGACCUGCCUAAAUUUCCUCUUAUGACAUCAUAAACACUCUCUGUGUAGAGCGGUUUUUAUUCCUCAUGGGUCUGGUUCCAAACCAGUUACUCCUCUCUCCUAUCCCCUAACCCCUUGUGGGUGAAAAGAUUGAGGUUCUAGCCCCCAUAUCAGAACCUGGAUCUGAAAGGUAGGUCUUGUAUGGGGAGCAUUUGAACCCUUUUGAUGGUUCUAAGUGAACAAGGGUGUAGGGUUUAGGGUAUUUUAGAGUUUGGAACGAGGCUAUUCUCUCUGGCUUGCAUCUCAAAUGGCACCCUGUUCCCCCGUACAGUGUUCUACUUUUAACCAGAACCCUACGGGCUCAGGUCAAAAGUAGUGCACUAAAUAAGGAACAGGGUCCUGUUUGGGACGCGACCUCUCAGUACUGAAAGAAUGGAAGCAUCAUGUUGAACUCUUGUUGGUUCAAUCGUGUUUAUAUAAACACCUGAUCAGGCUCUGUUUUAAAAUUUAAAUCUCAUUUAUUUUGUCUUUCGAGGAGCAAAGUUGUUUUGUCUCUCUUGGGUUGCCGUAGCCUGUGGUCAAAACGGGAAUUGGAAAUGAAUUCCAAAAUGGCACCCAUAUUCCUUCGUAUAGUGCCCUACUUUUGAUCAGGGCCCAUGGGGCUCCCAGUGGUAGUGCACCACAUGGGCAAUAGGGUGCCAUUUUGGGGUUCAUACUUGUCUGUCUUUAGCUCAGUGUCUAGGGGAGGUUCAAAUGAAUGGGCGGGACUUGAGGUCAAGUUGACUAAUCACAGGCCACGUGCACGCUGGGUCAACCAAUAAGAAUUGUCCGCCGAGUGGAUUUACAUAAAUCAUUUUCUUUUUUGUGAUUUUUGAGUUGGAAAGUCCUGACAACACAAAGUAUGAAUUUCAAUACAAAAAAAAAAAGAUUAAUAAAGAUGAAAAAAUGCA